AUGUUCCACUCCCGGCUGGUCGGCCGAGUCAAAUUAUCCAUCUACUCCGCAAUCUCAUUUGCCGUGGUGUUGUCAAUCAUCAUAGUCCUCAACAACUCCAUCUCCAAUCUCUCCCUCCAAUCUAUUACUGUCGACGGUCCCCCUCAUGAUACCCGCCAAAAUUUGCGGUCAGGAUCAGGCCAUCAACUUCUUCUUUAUGUGAAAGAAGAGGUUAAAGAUCAUACCCAUAUUCUGGCAAACGUUACUGGUAAAAAACGAAUUCAGAAAUUGAAGCCCACGAAUCGGGAAAGAGGAUUCCAUGUCCGAGUCACAGAGUUCCUGGGAGGUCAUCGCUGCAGUGUUCAGUUCUUCAUGACAUGGAUUUCCCCGGCGAGUUUGUUCGGACCCAGAGAGUUUCUCGCCGUGGAAAGCCUAUUUAAGGCCCACCCACGUGGCUGCUUGGUGAUAAUAUCAGAAACAAUGGACUCUGCUCCCGGGUACACGCGAUUGAAGCCCCUGCUCGACCACCGGUUCAGGCUUCUCCCGGUGACUCCGGACUUGCCGUUCCUGUUCAAAAACACACCGGCCGAGUCGUGGUUUGAUGAGAUCAAGAAGGGAAAGAAAGACGCCGGCACGAUUCCCUUGGCACAGAACCUAUCUAACUUGAUUAGGUUCGCCGUUCUGUACAAGUACGGAGGGGUUUACCUUGACACUGAUUUUAUAAUUUUGAAGGAUUUGUUUGGUCUGAGAAACUCAAUUGGGGCGCAAAGUGUUGAUUCGUCUGGCAACUGGACGAGAUUGAACAACGCAGUGCUAAUUUUUGACAAAAAUCACCCUCUACUGUACCUGUUCAUGGAGGAAUUCGCGUCCGCGUUUAAUGGGUACCGGUGGGGGCAUAAUGGUCCAUACCUGGUUUCGAGGGUGGUUGGGAGGGUUUCGGCAGGGCACAAUUGUAAUUUCACUGUCUUGCCUCCCAUGGCCUUUUAUCCUGUUAGUUGGACUAGGAUAGGCAGGCUGUUUGGGAAGCCGGAUAGCCGAGCUGGUUCCAAGUGGGUGGAGGCUAAGCUGGUUCAGCUGAACCGGAGAAGCUAUGGGGUUCACCUUUGGAAUAGGAUGAGCAGCGGAUUGAAGAUUGAAGAGGGAAGUGCGAUGGGAAGAUUGUUUUCUACCCACUGCGUCAUUUGCAAGCGCAUAUAUAGCUCUUAG